GGUCAUUGGCCAAACGGUUUACCCCCACAUGUACUCACAGGCUAUAUAGAAGACCCCGCGAGGAAUUUAAUCUUCAGAACUGAGAGUCAGUGUCACGGAAAUCUACCGAAAAGUAACUAAAAUGCAAUAUAACCAACACAUAUCGCUCUGCUUGAUCGCACUUGUCUUGGGACAAGUCGCGACAUUACCGCAACAUUCUCAAUACACGUUGCAAUACCCGCAACAGUAUCAACAACAACAGGUCAGAGAGGAGAGAAAAUUCGCUGAGAAACCAAAUGCGAUGAAAAAAGUGGCGAUCGAUGAUCUCGAGGAUAUUAGCACUAAUCAAAUUCAGGAAGGUAGCAGCAGCGGUUUUUCAUGGUCUAAUAUGUUAGGAAUGCUGAUGCAAAUGCUGCUAGGUCAGACCGGAGGUGUAGCCGGACCCAGCAAAAAUGAGAUAGAUGAUGGCACGACUGUGAGUCCGUGGACCAAUCUGCUUUCCGUGGGUUUGAGAGUCCUCACGGCACUACUGGGCGGGCCCCAACAACCGGUGGAUGGUAUUGACAAAGUGGAUAAUCAAAGUAGUCCCAUGCAGGAAAUUUUGACUGCGGUGCUGGGCGUGUUUCUACAGGGACAGGGCAGAGAUCCCGAACAAAUUGCUGUAAUAGCGAAAAAUGCUUCUGAGUUCAUCAGUAUAGUCAUCAAUCUACUGGACGCCCUGAAAACAUCAUUCUCUCAUCGUUCUCUGACGGCUCGCUCACUCGGAAGACGCGACACCGUUUCCGAAGCUGCUAUAGCGUCGAUCUCUAUGCUAAAGGGCUACAUGAGAUCCGUCAAGUCCUUUAGUUACGUAGGUCGUGCGGAGGAGGAGGGACAGCGUGGAUGCGCCGAGAGAGCACUUUGUGAGGCCAGUGCGGAAUGUAUCGCCGAUACACAAGGUCCAUCGUCGAUUUUCUGCCAACUUGGAUCGUACGCAACGAGUUAUUUCCUGCAGAGGCAAAGCGGCGUCGGCUUUGAGGCUUUAUACGAGGCAGGACGACGUGGUCGCACAGGCGAGGAUUGCAGAACUCUUUUUAUGGAUUGCAACGCUGUAUAAAGCGAGUUUAAUUCCCACAGCGUUCUGUCGAACGUAGCUUAGAUUCUGCGGGAUUACGGAUUCUCUUUGCCGAUCAAAAUUAAUUUAAAGACUUCUCGUACAACCCGUACAUUCUGUGCUUUAUCUUCUGAUGGAGAACAAUGUGAAACUACUCGAAGCUAUUUGUAUACAUUACAGACAACUAAAUAAUGUAAUAUGAAGGUUUUAUAAUUAUCGCAAACGCCUAAAAACGUUUUUUCGUCAAAUAUUCGAAUGACACGUAUUUUCGACGGAGUUUCCGGCAUCCUAUAGCUUAAAUCAUGUUAAAACAAAAGUAUAUAGAGUUUUAAUCAACAUAUUCACGGGUGUGCACCGAAUCGGGAUUCGCAUCGAAUCUCGCUAGCUCGUCAGCUCGACUCGAGCUCACGGUUGAACAUUUCUUCAGACAGA